UAUCGGCAUGUGUGAAGUAAUAAAGCGCGUCAUUUUGAAUGGGAUUCCACACAGAUCACAGUCCAGACUACUCGGCGACUUUCUCUUGAUUAAUUCGUAUGUUAUUUACAUUUUUCUUAACACAUAUGUUAUCAUAAUAUGUAAAUUACUUAAACAGAAACAAAACAUUAGGAGUAUAAAUAUUUUGGCUGACAAGAAUCAGAAGUAGUACACUUUUAGCUACCAUCUAAGAUAUUAUACAAUUCUGAAAAAGAAAAAUCAAUAAGAAAAGAUGGAAACUUUAAUUGCAUUUGCUGUUUUCGUAGCUGUAGCUACAGCUCUGCCACUUAACGUUUUUGAAGAUGAAAAUGGACAAGAUUUCGUUUUGGUUCCAGUGCAUAGGCAAAGAAGAGAAGUAACAUGGGGAGCUAAUCAAGGUGGUUACGCUUUAGGUCAAAAAGGAACCGUAUUCAGCAACGACAACCACAGAGUAGACGGUUCUUACGGUGCAUCAAAAACCUGGGGGUCACAUGGACUUAAACCUGACUCAUUCGGGGGUCAAGUUGAUUAUACCCACAAACCCACCGGUUCUACAGGUUUUGUAGGUGUUAACAGAACACCUGGUUGGGGAAAUGAUGUCAAUGCUGGUGUCAAAUACAAUAUUGCCCAAGGAAAAAAUUGGGGAGCUGAUGUUACUGGACAAGAAGUCACUUGGGGAGCCAAUCAAGGUGGUUACGCUUUAGGUCAAAAAGGAACCGUAUUCAGCAACGACAACCACAGAGUAGACGGUUCUUACGGUGCAUCAAAAGCCUGGGGAUCACAUGGCGUUAAACCUGACUCAUUUGGUGGACAAGUUGAUUAUACCCACAAACCAAGUGGUUCUACAGGUUUCGUAGGAGUUAACAGAACACCUGGUUGGGGAAAUGAUGUCAGUGCUGGUGCUAAAUACAAUAUUGCCCAAGGAAAAAAUUGGGGCGCUGAUGUUACUGGACAGUAUGGAAGGCAUUUUGGAGGACCCGGUGGCACAGGAAAACCACAAGGGGGUGUAUUUUUAAACGUUGGAGGAAAAUUUUAA